UCCUUCGUACUUGCUUUUGCGAUAUACACAAGUUACGCAAUUGUCGAUUUCUAUAUUUUUUUCGAUACAAUAAUUGUACUUUGUGACGAAUUUGCGUUGAAUUGUUGGGUACGUUCGCACGUAACAAUAAUUCAAGAGACGCGAUGGAGCCAUUAUUCGAACUGUCCAAAUUAAGCUUGAACGACUUGAAUGCUUUGCUGCCGCGUAUGAAGAAUAGGUUAAUGUCGGGAACGGAAAACACGCAGGUUGGCGUUGUAGAACAGAUGAUAAUGUUCUUGAAAAAUGUGACCAAAUAUGAAAAAGGUAUCGCAGUUAGAAGACUUGUAAAGUUGGACAUGAUAUCUACAAUAUGCAACGUCAUGCAAACAUCGAACGAAGAUUUCGUAAACGUCGUUCUCGAAUGUUUCGAUCUUAUAAGCUCUUAUAAAGAAUUCUAUGAUAAUCACGCGGCUAUGGAUGCCACAGAGUCGAUGAUAAAACUCAGUUAUCUCAUCAGCAAAUCUCGCAAAGAUUCGACACAAUUUGAGAAGCUUCUACACAGUAUUUGCAACAUACUUGUUAGAUCAUCCAAAUUAGCUGUGAAUCUCGAUAUCGUCUGCGUACCGAAGCAGAUUUUAUUUUUUCUUAAACAUCUGGAUAUUCAAGAUUUGCAAAAAGUAAAGCUAAAAUUUGCAGCGGUCACGAUUUUAAAUGUUAUCUUGCAGCAGAUAGUUUUUGAUGAAACCAUCGAUAUAGAAAUGUCUAUUGAUAUUUGUCGCGAUGCAUUAAAGUUGAUGACAGACAUUGUCAAAUACGGCGACGAGGAAGAUACGAUUUUACGCGCUGCUGCUUUAUUAUGCGGCGUGUGCGCUGGUGCUUCUCGGAUCUGUAACAUCGAAGAAAAUCUCGAAGAAAAUCAGAUUGGCGUCGAUCUUAACAUUUGUCAAAAGAAAGACGACUUGUCAAGAUGCAUUUACAACACAAUGAUGAAUAUAAUUAUUCCAUAUGUUAAAGACACAGACAUGUCUCACAUAGACUCGAUCGAGUUUCAGAAAAACUUUGUCUUUUGUUUAAAUAAUCUGUAUCAGCUGAAAAACUGUAACGAAGACAAUUUGUCAAAUCACUUGACUGCCAAUGGUUAUCUCAAGUACUUUUUAUACUUGACUGCUCAAUUUUCGGAAAAUUUACGAAGAAGCAUUUGCACGCUGUUAUCACGGAUUUUGAGUGUUCUCGGUAAAACAGCGUUUUCGGAAAGCACAAUUUCGUUUGCAAAUAAUUUGUGUCAAGGUUUCCUUGAGUUGCCGAAAGACUCAAAGCAAUGGAAGAUCGUUAUAGCGCGUAAUGGAAAAGAUGGAACAUCUCUUAUGAUAUUGCUAUAUUAUCACUUUCACGGCACUCAAGAAAACGACAUGGUAUCUUUGGAGUCAUUAAUCGCUAGAAUCAUGCUGUUUGAAAAAUUUGUGCAAAUUUCAGACUCGAUUUUGAAACCUUUAUGGUUCUUGUUUGCUGUCACAUCUGUCUCACAGCCGCAUCCUAAUUUGAUACGUGAUUAUGAAAACGCGGUUAAGCGAUUAACGUUCAUUCUGCAAAGCUCAGGGAUCAGCAAAUUUUACACUCAUCACAUCGAUUUGUUGCACUAUUGUCUUAAAUGUCCAGCUAUUUCGAAUAGCCUAAUAACUCAAGUUUUAGAUUUGUGGCUGAGAGAAUCUGACGGUGACGUCAGGCCGUUAUUAUCAUUCAAUUGCGAUAGAGUGAUUCGCCGAUUAUUGGUUGUGGUGCAAAUCGGUUAUCCUAAAAGCAUUAUUAACUUAGCUCUGAAAGGGCUUCAUCAUGUAAUUCAAAUUAAAGAUGAUAAAUACAUGAAUCAAAUCGUGGAAAUUGUGUGGCACAUGCUGCCUAACAUACUUUCAUCAUAUCAGAGAAAUACUGUCUCACAUAUAGAGGCGGUUCUGGAAUUAGCUAAUAUCAUCCGACCAAUACCGAUACCGAUACAUCUCAUAAUGCGUAGCGCUGAUAGUAUUAUCAAUAUCAUAUUAAAGAAGAACAUCGAUUCGAAGCUAAUGACUUCGCUUGUAACGCAAGCGUACAUUGUGCUAGUUAUCUCAACGUCACGCAAGUCAUUUCAAGUGCUCCUAAAGUAUAUACAGCAAUCUGCACUGCUAAUAAAAUUGUACAUUCAUGGAUUUUCUAAACAAAGGUCGCAAUUGUCUGCGAUUAGCGUAAAGCUCCUUGCGUUCAUCGUUCACUGCCAACAAAAAUUUUCUGUAAAGUGUACACAGCCAUUAACAGUAGACAUAAAAAACUUGUUUGAGCUAUUAAUCUACGCAAGAAAAUCACCACUCUGUGUAAUGAAUGGAAUACAACUUAUAUGCGAACUUCUAACGCAAAAUAUUGAUGGAUCGGCCAUCGUUUUGCGAACGAUCGCAAUUAAUAGUGACGUGCAAUUCUUUAUCGAUCUUUAUGAACUUCUCCAUAUUAUUCACAAUGAGGGAUAUCUGACGCAGAAAGAUAUGGCGUUCCAAUGUCUAAUAGCGCUAUUGCAUUUCGCAAAAAAUAAAAUAAUCACAUCACUGCCCCUUCUUCCCCAUUUGUGCACUGUAUGGAGCAAUUACGAUCUUAUUUCCCACGUCGUAAAUAUGCGAUAUAUAUCGUGCCACUUUGUCGAGUUCGUCACUGUGUGGCUUCAUUAUCGCAAAGCAACUUGUAACGAUGUACCGUGGAACCCCAGAUCGCUGUUCAAGUCACCCUUUGACGAAGUUUUAGAUCACCUUAAGGAAUACUCCGUCAUCAUUAAUAACAAAGGGCUGGAAGAUACCUACCUGCAUCUGCAACGUGCGCUGUCACAAUUCGAGUGAACAAUAACAACCUUGUAGAUUAUAUCACGUUAUAUCACAGUACAAGUAGUUUAUAUUAGGAAAAAAAUUUUUUG